GUUCCCUUUCUCUUACAAACUAAUCAACUCUUCCUAGACAGACGUGAUGGUAUUACACAAGUAACCCACCAGCCGCGGUGGAAUAUAACGCGAAUUGGCUGUCCUUGCACUUACAAUUAAAAUUUAAUUAUUUUUUUUUCAUGAACCGUUUAUACUUAAAUCUGCAAUACGGAAAUUAAAUAUCCUGCAUGCCUGCCGGGGCUGCUGCUAAGCCCGUAGGUGAAGCCGCUUCGCGCUGGGCAACACCUGCGACCACCACAAGAGGGCGAAGCUCUGCCGCGCAGCCCAGACGUCCGGCGUACAAACGCUGCUCGCCGCCGCGGCACGAAGCCCUACCCGCGCUCCUCCCGACUCCGGCCCGUGUGCCGUCCUGCGCUCCGCCUUUCCUGCUGUCCCCUCCUCUCUGCCGCCGAGCACCGCCCAGCGCGGCGACGGCUGAUGAGCUGCUGGGUGCGCCGGGUGGAUGCCGGUGCGAUGGCGGCCUGCAUGCCUGCCAUGCUGUUGCCCUGGCUGCAGAGGGUGGCUGCGUGCCGCCUGGGUCGCCACCUGCCUCUGGUCUGCAGCUGCCGGGCCUGGGUGCCCUCGCCGCGGGGCUACAGCAGCGGGGCGGGCGGGAAGGGUCUUGUUCUGGGAAUCUACUCAAGUGAAACGGAUGGAGGUGCUGCUCAGCUCACUAGUGCAGGAGAGGCUUUUGAUAGGCUUGUGUCGGGAAAGCUGAGAGAACUUCUGUCUCUGUGCGGGCCACCUUUAAAGAAAGGCAAAACACGCAUGUUCUAUGGUUUGCAUCAGGACUUUCCAAGUGUGGUUGUAGUUGGCUUGGGUAAGAAGAAUGCUGGAGUAAAUGACAAAGAAAACUGGAAUGAAGGCAAAGAAAAUAUCCGUGCAGCUGUUGCAGUUGGUUGUAGGCAGAUCCAAGAUCUGGAGAUCCCUUGUGUUGAAGUAGACCCCUGUGGAGAUGCUCAAGCAGCUGCAGAAGGUGCUGUCCUUGGAUUGCAUGAAUAUAACGAGCUGAAGCAGAAAAAGAAACCUGUAGUUACAGCUCAGCUUCAUGGAAGUGCAGAAAGUGAAGCCUGGCACAAAGGCGUUAUCUAUGCAGAGGGUCAGAACCUCGCUCGGUACCUCAUGGAGGCUCCAGCCAAUUAUGUAACUCCAAUCAAAUUUGCUGAACAUAUUGAACAGAAGCUCAGAAGUUUCAGCAAUGUCAAGGUCCAUAUAAGACCAGAAUCUUGGAUAGUAACACAACAGAUGGGAGCGUUCCUAAGUGUAGCCAAGGGUUCUGCUGAACCUCCCAUCUUUCUGGAGAUUCACUAUUCAGGUGGUGCCAAUACAAAUGACUCCCCAUUGGUACUUGUAGGAAAAGGAGUUACAUUUGACAGUGGUGGCAUUUCACUGAAGCCGUCAUCAGGCAUGGAUGCAAUGAGAGCAGACAUGGGUGGGGCAGCAACCAUCUGUUCAGCCAUUGUGACAGCAGCAGCUUUAAAUCUACCUCUCAACAUAAUUGGUUUGGCACCCCUAUGUGAAAAUAUGCCCAGUGGUAAGGCAAACAAACCUGGGGAUGUAGUUAGAGCCAAGAAUGGAAAAACAAUACAGGUGGAUAACACUGAUGCAGAAGGCAGACUGCUGUUAGCUGACGCUCUCUGUUAUGCUCACAAUUUCAAUGCAAGGGCUAUUGUGAAUGCUGCAACACUAACAGGUGCCAUGGAUGUUGCAUUGGGGUCUGCUGCAACUGGAGUGUUUACAAACUCAUCUUGGCUUUGGAAUCACCUUUAUGAGGCCAGCAUUUCGACUGGAGACAGAGUUUGGAGAAUGCCUCUUUUUGAACAUUAUACAAAGCAAGUAACAGACUGUCCUCUUGCAGAUCUGAGUAACAUUGGGAAGUACAGCAGAGCUGGAGGAGCAUGCACAGCUGCUGCCUUCCUGAAGGAAUUUGUGACUGCUUCUCACUGGGCUCACUUAGAUAUAGCUGGUGUGAUGUCAAAUAAAGAUGAGGUGCCCUACCUUCGAAAAGGCAUGGCAGGGCGGCCUACAAGAACACUAGUGGAGUUUGCCGCUCGAUUAAGUCAAGACAGUCACAGUACCAAAUAAAAUACUUAUUCCAAAAUCAUCUAUUCUGCCUUAACAAGGUCUUAAACUGCUUUCAUAAAUGGAUGCCUAAAACACAUAUUCACUAUGGCAAGGACUACAGCUGCAUCAUUUUAUAAACCAUUACUUGGGUAAGACUAUCUCACCUUUAGAUAUUUGACAUUCUGUUUCAUGCCGUUUAAAAUAAAUGUUGCUUUGAACUGUUGAGGUAUUCAGUACUAAAACAUGACUGUGGAGAAAUACAAGAGCCUGAUUUAUAUGCUUACUUUACGUCACUACUGCAACUAAUAAAUCUCUUUAUUUGGG